AUGGCUGCUGUACCGGAGCUUGACUCCCCUACACCGUCCUCAGCAUCAUCAUCUUUUGGUGAGCUAACUCCGGCGCCUCCACUCGAUGAAAGAGAACAGACGAACGUCGCACAACUACUCGCUGAGCUGACGGCUCGUGUGGGGAGAGUGGAAGCCCACAG